AUGAAUAUUAAUCAACAAUAUCUGACAAAACUAGACUUAUCAUCUUCAGAGGCUGAAGUACUGAGAUUGUCAGUAUUCUUAGGAAUGGUAGCAGUUACUUUCACUUUACUAUAUUUAACUCCGGCGCCAGAUCAAAGGUUCAAAAGCUGCGACCGACCUUGUCAUGAUCUUGAUUGGCCCAUGAUUUGUAGAUUUAAAUUAACUAUAGAAAAAUUACCAACAUCUGUGAUAUGUCAAGAAUGCCAAAAUAGUACUGACUGCCCAUUUUGUGCAUCCCAAAUCGACUUACCUUUAGAACUCAUCACCGCUAAUCGUAAAUUACCAGCGCCCACAUUCCAAGUAUGUCAUAAUGACAUUUUAGUAAUUAACGUAAUAAAUAAACUCCAAGGUCAAAGUAUUACCAUGCAUUGGCGAGGACAAACCAAUAGAGAAGCGCCUUUUAUGGACGGCGUGCCUUUGAUAACACAAUGUCCUAUUAAUGCUUACACAACUUUUCAGUAUAGAUUCAGAGCUUCAUCACCAGGAACACAUUCGUAUCACGCGUUCGCUGAUUCAGAUCGGUUUGAAGGAUUGUAUGGUGCUAUAGUAGUUAGAAAAUCCGAGAAAAUCGAACCGAAUAUACAUCAUUAUGAUAUCGAUGAUAAAAAUCAAAUUUUAGUUUUGUCCCAAACGCGCCAGAAUAUCUUAAUCAAUGGAGUUGGACCGAAUAGAUCAGAUCUCACUAAAUUUGUUGUACAUAAAGGAGCUAGAUCAUUAUUUAGAUUAAUUCAUAGUAGUGGUUCAGGUUGCCCCAUAACUUUUAGUGUGGAUAACCACGUUGUUAACGUCGUCACCGUUGACGCCGAUCCUAUUGUUCCUCUCGAAGUUUCUUCCAUUAAACUCAACAAAGGAGAAACUGUGGACUUCGUUUUGGAAGCUAAUCAAGAUCCUGGUUCUUAUUUUAUCACAGCAAAAUCUCAAUGCGAAUCGAAUAGCUUAGUUGGUAAAGCUAUUAUAGCUUAUAAGGGCGCAGCUGAAGGAACUAAUUUGAAAAAAUUUGAUUACGUCGGGGAUUUAAGAAAAUUCGAUACUGGAUUCUGUGGUGGUGCUAAUGGGAAAGUCUGCGUUGGGGAUAUUAGACCUGCUGAAGGUAUGGAAGGAAGUUUGAGGCAAUUGUAUGUUGAUAAGAGAUUUUAUCUUGGAUUCGAUGCGAAGAGUGUGAGCGGUACUACGAAAAAUAUUCUUUCAACUAAUCAGUAUAAAAUGAACAAUAUUUCUUUUACUUUCCCUCCUGCACCUGUAUUGACUCAACCUUACGAUGUACCAUUGGAUUCGGUGUGCAAUGAAUCGCAUUUACCGGAUAGAUGUCAUGGAAAACAUUGCGAUUGCGUUCAUUUAGAACACAUUCCAUUGGGUAGCAGAACGGAACUCGUACUCAUAGAUCAAGGAGGGAAUGAUGAGGAAUACAUUUUUCAUCUUCACGGCUAUCAAUUUUAUGUAGUCGGUUAUAAAAUACCCAAAUAUCCUUUGACGAAAUCUGACGUGGAGAAGCUCGAUGAAAAUUUCGAUUUUAUCAAAAGAAAUUUACAAAAUCCAGUCAGAAAACAUACAAUAAGAGUGCCUAAAAAUGGGAUAGUGGUUAUUAGAUUCCUUGCAAACAAUCCAGGUUUUUGGUUGCUUCGAGAUGAAAAUGCUCAAGGUUGGACAAGAGGAAUGGAUAUUUUGUUCCAAGUAGGAGAUACUGGAGAUAUUCCCGCACCACCUACUAAUUUUCCUACUUGUGGUAACUUCGUAGGACCCGACUUCUUUUUACUGUGA